CCCAGCCGCAUCACAUUCGUGAUCCGCUUCGGGCUGACCAACCUGACGGAGCCCCAGAUCAUCCUGGAGACGACCCGCAAGUACAUCCACCCGCGGUACAUCGAGAUCCAGGCUGGAGUCCAGACCGAUGACAUCGCUCUACUGGGGGUGGACCAGCACAUUCCUUACGGAC